CUAGCACGGUGCAUUCUGGGUUUACUCCAAAAUGGCUGCGCCCUUGCGCAAGUGUUAAAAAAACACUUAUCUCGCCUGAAAGUCAAAUUAACAUCUUAGGUUUCACUGUGUUGAUCAUCAUCGAGGACGACAGACAGUGCACACAAAUAAAUCAGUGGAUUAAGGUAUUUCGUGCCUGCCCUGAUUCAAGCAGAUUGCAUUUUAAGGGACAUGACGAUGGGCCGCUUCGCCUAACCCACAUCAAAACGCAGACCAGCGCAGAUACCCCUGUCACCCUGCGCCUGCAGGCCCUGUACAGACUGAUUUGUGUAAUCACCCGCAGAGGCAACGGAUCUACAGCUCGAGCUUUGGAGGACUGUUUAUUUUGGAGAUUAUUUUUUUUUUAAUGAAAAUGGAUGCUGAGCUGCUUCACUCCCCUGUCUUGGGUCUGGCAGAGGAGGAGGAGGUGGACAUGACUGACUGGAACCUUCCACUGGCCUUCAUGAAGAAACGCCACACAGAGAAGAUUGAGGGAUAUAAAGCUUUGGCUCAGAGCUGGAGAAUGAAAGACAGGAUGAAAACAGUGAGUGUGGCUCUAGUUUUAUGUCUGAAUGUUGGUGUGGACCCUCCUGAUGUAGUGAAGACCUCACCCUGUGCCAGACUGGAGUGCUGGAUAGACCCUCUAUCCAUGAGUCCACAGAAAGCGCUGGAAACAAUAGGAGCUAACCUCCAGAAACAGUAUGAGAACUGGCAGCCCAGGGCCCGGUAUAAGCAGAGUUUGGACCCUACAGUUGAUGAAGUAAAGAAGUUGUGUACUUCACUACGCAGAAAUGCCAAGGAGGAACGUGUUCUCUUUCACUAUAAUGGUCAUGGGGUGCCUCGACCUACUGUUAAUGGAGAGAUCUGGGUUUUCAACAAGAACUAUACCCAGUACAUCCCACUCUCUGUCUAUGACCUACAGACAUGGAUGGGAAGUCCCUCCAUCUUUGUGUAUGACUGUUCUAAUGCAGGCAUCAUCGUAAAGUCAUUCAAACAGUUUGCAUUGCAGAGGGAGCAGGAGCUGGAGGUGGCAGCAAUAAACCCAAACCACCCACUAGCUCAGAUGCCUCUGCCUCCCUCGAUGAAAAACUGCAUUCAGCUGGCUGCCUGUGAUGCCAGUGAACUCCUACCCAUGAAUCCUGACCUCCCUGCUGACCUCUUCACUUCUUGUCUCACCACACCAAUCAAAAUUGCUCUACGCUGGUUUUGUAUGCAGAAGAGUGCAAAGCUGGUGCCAGGAGUGACGUUAGACCUGAUUGAGAAGAUACCAGGAAGGCUGAAUGACAGGAGGACACCUUUAGGAGAGCUGAACUGGAUUUUCACAGCUAUCACUGACACAAUUGCAUGGAAUGUCCUACCGAGAGAUCUCUUUCAGAAAUUAUUUCGUCAGGAUCUCUUGGUGGCCAGUUUAUUUCGCAAUUUCCUAUUGGCUGAGAGAAUUAUGAGGUCAUAUAACUGUACACCAGUCAGCAGCCCCAGGUUGCCACCCACAUACAUGCAUGCUAUGUGGCAAGCAUGGGACCUGGCGGUGGACAUUUGCCUUUCCCAGCUGCCCACCAUCAUUGAGGAAGGCACUGCUUUCAGGCACAGUCCAUUCUUUGCUGAACAACUGACAGCCUUUCAGGUGUGGCUGUCAAUGGGUGUGGAGAACAGAAACCCACCAGAGCAGCUGCCUAUCGUCCUGCAGGUCCUUUUAAGUCAGGUACACAGGCUGAGGGCGCUGGAUUUGCUUGGACGAUUUUUGGACCUGGGUCCUUGGGCUGUCAGUUUGGCUCUUUCAGUAGGAAUUUUUCCAUAUGUGCUAAAACUGUUGCAGAGUUCAGCGAGAGAGCUGAGGCCUCUUUUGGUCUUCAUCUGGGCAAAGAUCCUGGCUGUAGAUAGUUCAUGCCAGGCUGAUCUUGUAAAAGAUAAUGGACACAAGUAUUUCUUGUCAGUGCUGGCUGAUCCGUUCAUGCCAGCUGAGCAUCGAACUAUGGCUGUCUUCAUUCUUGCUGUCAUUGUUAAUAACUAUAACACAGGACAGGAGGCAUGUCUGCAGGGUAACCUGAUUGCAAUCUGUCUGGAACAGCUCAAUGACCCUCACCCUCUCCUGAGGCAAUGGGUUGCAAUAUGUCUUGGACGAAUUUGGCAGAACUAUGAUUCUGCUCGCUGGUGCGGAGUUCGAGAUAGUGCACAUGAAAAACUCUACAGUCUCCUGUCGGAUUCUAUACCAGAGGUACGAUGUGCAGCUGUGUUUGCACUGGGCACAUUUGUGGGGAAUUCAGCUGAGAGAACAGAUCAUUCUACCACCAUUGAUCAUAAUGUGGCCAUGAUGCUUGCACAACUGAUUAAUGAUGGCAGUCCCAUUGUGAGGAAGGAGCUGGUUGUUGCUCUAAGUCACUUAGUGGUCCAGUAUGAGAGUAAUUUUUGCACUGUGGCUCUGCAGUUCAUGGAGGAAGAGAAGAAUUACGCUGUGCCUUCACCUGCCAAUUCCACAGAAACAGGAAACAUUACUCCAAGUAGGGACAGUCCUGCCAUUCCUCGUUUAAGAUCAGUGAACUCCUACACAAACCUCAGAGCUGCCACCACUGCUCGAACCCUUAAUAAGAGCCUUCAGAACCUCAACCUAAAUGAGGAGGGUGGUCCGGCAGCAUUUUCUCCAGGGAACCUGAGUACCAGUAGCAGUGCCAGCAGCACUCUGGGCAGUCCUGAUAAUGAUGAAUACCUUCUCUCCUUUGAAACCAUCGACAAGAUGAGAAGAGUCAGCUCAUACUCAUCCUUAAAUUCUCUCAUUGGAGUGUCUUUUAACAGUGUUUAUACUCAGAUUUGGAGGGUAUUACUACAUCUUGCAGCUGAUCCAUUUCCAGAUGUCUCUGAUCUGGCCAUGAAGGUUCUCAACAGCAUUGCAUACAAGGCCACCAUGAAUGCUCGCACACAAAGAAUUUUGGACUCAGGAUCUCUGACCCAGUCAGCUCCAGCCAGCCCCACCAGUAAAGGCACACUAAUUCAUCAAGCUGGUGCUUCCCACAGAUCCAAAUGCUCUUCAUCUCCCUCCAGCGGAUCUCCACCCAUGCCUGGUGCAUCCAGCUCCAGUCUCACCAAUGAAGUGCCCAAGCCACCGGUCCGGGACGGUCCAUCUGCUCGGCCACCAUACACUCCAACACUAGGUGGUCAGGCACCCCACUCACAGCAGUUUCCACGCACCAGGAAGAUGUUUGAUAAGGGCCCUGAUCAGACUGCUGAGGAUGGAGAUGAGACUGCUGUUCACAGGAGCUUCGUCAGUUUGAGUCUGCAGACAGGUCUUUGUGACUGGAGUGCCAAAUACUUUGCUCAGCCUGUCAUGAAGAUUCCAGAAGAGCAUGAUUCGGAGAGUCAGGUUCGUAAGGAUAGGGAGUGGAGAUUCUUACGUAAUGCUCGAGUACGCAAACAAAGCCAACGCAUCACUCAAAGAGGAGUGACAAGGUUAGAUGACCAGAUCUUCAUCAACAGAAACCCAGGAGUGCCAUCAGUGGUAAAGUUUCAUCCAUUUAACCCCUGCAUUGCUGUAGCUGACAAAGACUCAAUUUGUUUUUGGGACUGGGAAAAAGGAGAGAGGUUGGAUUAUUUUUAUAAUGGCAACCCACGGUACACGCGCAUCACAGCCAUGGAGUACCUUAAUGGGCAUGACUGCUCUCUUCUCCUCACUGCCACAGAUGAUGGAGCAUUGCGAAUUUGGAAGAACUUUGCUGACCAGAGAAAUCCAGAGAUGGUCACAGCAUGGCAAGGCUUGUCUGACAUGCUGCCCACCACACGAGGUUUAGCUCGACGGGUCUCAAUAUAUCUUGACAGAAGUAAGCAGGGGGGUGCAGGUAUGGUGGUGGACUGGGAGCAGGAGACUGGCCUCUUGAUGACGUCUGGUGAUGUUCGAGUCAUACGGAUCUGGGACACAGAAAGAGAAAUAAAAGUUCAGGACAUCCCAACAGGAGCAGACAGUUGUGUAACCAGCCUGUCAUGUGAUCCUCAGCGGUCAUUAGUAGCCGCAGGCCUUGGAGAUGGAUCUGUUCGAGUGUAUGAUCGAAGAAUGGGACCUAAUGAGUGUCGUGUGAUGACUUACAGGGAACAUGGAGCUUGGGUGGUUAAGGCACACUUGCAGAAAGAGCCGGAAGGACACAUUAUCAGUGUCAGUGUAAAUGGAGAUGUGCGGUUCUUUGACCCACGGAUGCCAGAAUCAGUCAACACCUUGCAAACAGUGAAAGGACUGACAGCCCUAGACAUCCAUCCACAGGCAAAUUUGUUUGCUUGUGGCUCUAUGAAUCAGUUUAUAGCUGUGCAUAACUCUAAUGGGGAUGUGAUCAGCAACAUUAAAUACUAUGAUGGUUUUAUGGGGCAGAGAAUUGGAGCCAUCAGCUGCCUGGCCUUUCACCCUUUCUGGCCUCAUCUUGCAGUGGGCAGUAAUGAUUACUACAUGUCCAUCUACUCAGCGGAGAAGAGACUCAGAUGACCUCCAACCACUGACCCCUCCUGACCCAUUUUGGAUGUAAAUGAUUUCCUGUACAUAUGCAACAACCACAAUGAAUGUCUUAAGAAGGCUGCUGAACCAACACAUGAUGACUAUAUUAUUAUCCUUGUUAUUAUUAUCAAGAUAAUUAUCAUUAAGGAUUUAUUGUUUGUAGACGUGGAGCAGUGUGUAUUAAUUAAAUUGCAUAUAAAAAUCUAAAAACAACAACAACAUCAACAAAAAACUUUGGCUUAUGCUGGCUGAUGAUUUUCACUGUCAUGGAACUUCAUGCAGAGCCUGCAGUAAGAAAGACAAGAGACUGAAAGAUUAUAAACUUCCAGGUGUUCCAAGCAGCCAGGAGAACGCCUGUGACUUAAACUUUUUGAGUCUGUCGGAAGCCUUGUGCCUCAUAUCUCUUCUAAAACUCUGUCAGUGUUGCUGUUGAUCUAUAGUUUAAUUGAGCACUCUUACUAUUCAGUCAUAACCUUCCUUAAACAUCCCUGCUUCUGUACACACACAGUGCCAAACCAUCUCCCCACACAUGCAUGUACACAAAAGCUGCAUUACACCUCAACAACACAAAAUUCAGUUUUCAAAGCACUGAACACAGACAACAAUCAUACAUUUGCAUCCACACUGUGUAGUGAGGAGCAUGUGAACAAUGCUAGGUUUUGUAAGCUCAAAUAAUCAACAAGAAGGUAUAUAAAUAUUUCAAAACAGAAAAGUAAAGAUAAGAAGUGAGUUUGCCAUGCAUUUUUGGUACCAGGGCUGUGCAAAAGCCUUAAACUAUAAGUUUAGUCUCUCUCUCUCUCUCUCUCUCUCUCUUUCUCUCUCUCGCUCUCUCUCUCGCUCUCUCUCUCUCUCUCACUCUCUCUCUCUCUCUCUCUUUCUCUUUCUCUUUCUCUCUGUCUUCUCCUUAUGUGGAAUGCGAUACAACUAUCAUGUCUCUUUCAUAAUAUUAUCAUAGCAAUUUCAUGAAAAUAUGAUUUUUUUCUGUUUUUGUUACCUUUACUUAAGUAAUUCUACAUUUGUACUUCUACAAGUUUUAAGAUGUUAAAUCCAUGUCACACAACAGUUUACAUAUAAAUAAUACUUAGUGUUUACUGUAAGCCUAAAUAUAUAGUUAAAAACUAAAACUAAAGCUAUAGUUAUAGGUUUCAUUGUGAGGUGACAGACCUGGAUCAAAUACUUAGAAAGACUCGACUUAUAUAUCGUUUCCUUUUGGAUAAUCUUGUCACAGUUGAAUUAUAUUUCUUUCAAAUAAUUCCAUUCAUGGUUUACACUCAAAUAAUAGAUAAACUAAUUAAAUUUUAAAGGUUACUUCUUGUUGGAUGUGAAGUUAAUACAUCCUUCAAAACAUCGGAUGAUGAAUGGCAGAUAUGUUUAUUUCUUGAAGUGUGCUUUUAUUUGUUAUUUUGUUAUGUAUGUAAUAUAUGUAUUUAUUUAUUUUUUUUCUUUUAACUGGAUUAAUUUUUUUGUUUGUUUGUUUUUCGUGUUCCAAUUUCUUUUCUCAAUCUUUUUUUUAACUUGUAUUUCAUAACCUGUUUCUUUUUUCUACAAUGUUCUGUCAAAACUCUAAAUUAGAAAUAACAGUUGUUUUUUCACUAUUCCUUGUGACUAAAUCUGCAGUUGGAUUCUCUCCCCUUUAGGACAUUAUUUUUCAUCAAAAUGUGGUUUAGAACAUAUUGGUUUUAUUCAUGAGUUUUGUCAGUAUAUUGCCAAUAAAGUUGAUUUUUAGCCACUUGUUUGGGAGCUGAAGGUCUGCUUAUGGCUUCAACUGACUGAAAAUUACUGCUUUAUUAAAAUUGCUUUAGGUUGUACCAUUUUAAAAGCAUGUGUUUUGUGGAUGGGGGGUUGUGCUGGGAGAUGUGUUCUUUAUGGCGCUAGACUGCUUUUUUAGUGGUUUAAAAGAUGAGAAGAAGGUAUUCAAAUAAACCAGAAACAUUAAUG